UCAAGGUUGGUUGAGCGGCGGUUUCUCCGGCGGUCGGGUUUAGGGAUGUAAGUGGGGGACUGAAAUGGCUGCCGAAAAGAAGCCGGAAGAUGAUCAUGGAAACAGCAAUGGCAGUCAUGUGAAAAUAUUCUUGCCCAAGAAAUUACUAGAAUGUCUACCGAAAUGUUCUGCUUUACCAAAGGAAAGACACCGCUGGAACACAAAUGAGGAAAUUGCAGCCUACUUAAUAACAUUUGAGAAACAUGAAGAAUGGUUAACAACAUCCCCUAAAACCAGGCCCCAAAAUGGCUCCAUGAUCUUAUACAACAGAAAGAAGGUGAAGUACAGAAAGGAUGGCUACUGCUGGAAGAAACGGAAAGAUGGCAAAACUACACGGGAGGAUCACAUGAAACUGAAGGUGCAGGGUGUGGAGUGUCUCUAUGGCUGCUAUGUCCACUCUUCCAUUAUCCCCACUUUCCACCGGAGGUGCUAUUGGCUUCUUCAGAAUCCUGAUAUUGUAUUGGUCCAUUACCUGAAUGUACCAGCCAUAGAAGAUUGUGGAAAGCCUUGUGGUCCGAUACUGUGCUCCAUCAACACUGACAAAAAGGAGUGGGCUAAGUGGUCAAAAGAGGAGCUGAUCAGCCAGCUCAAACCCAUGUUUCACGGCAUCAAAUGGACCUGCAGUAAUGGGAACACCAGCGCCGGUUUCUCAGUGGAGCAGCUUGUUCAGCAGAUCCUGGACAGCCACCAGACCAAGCCUCAGCCUCGCACUCACAACUGCCUGUGCACCGGCAAUCUGGGUGCCGGGAGCAGUGUCCACCACAAGUGCAACAGUGCCAAACACCGCAUCAUAUCACCAAAGGUGGAACCACGAACAGGUGCCUACAGCAGCCACCCAGAGGUCCAAAAUAAUGAUGUGUCUGAGGGCAAGAAUGACCAUGGUCAUGGCAAAGUCUCAAGCCGUGAGAAACGGAAUGGUAAACUGGCCAAACCUGUCCUGCUGCAUCAGAACAGCACUGAAGUCUCCUCCACCAACCAGGUGGAGGUGCCUGACACCACCCAGAACUCCCCAGUCUCCAUCAGCAGUGGUCUAAACAGCGAAACGGACAUGGCCGACAGCCCCGCCAUCACUGGCGUCUCCAGCAUGGCCGUGGCCUCGGUCAUGUGCAGCCUAAGCCAGAAUGCCACCGUUUUCAUGUCAGAGGUCACCAACGAGGCAGUGUACACCAUGUCUCCCAGCGCGGGCCCCGGCCAGCACCUCAUCGCCUCAGAUGCGGGAGCCCAAGGCCUGGUCCUGGCUGUCAACUCAGAUGGACACAAGUUUGCAUUCGCCUCCUCAGCAGCUGCUGGAAACCCAGAUGGAUUGUCCAUGAUGUCAGCCAGUGUGGCAGAAGACUUGGUCCUCUCCUCCACCCUGGAGAGCAGCGAGAAGAUUCCAGAGGCCAACAUGAACUUUGACCCUGACUGCUUCCUCAACAACCCUAAGCAAGGCCAGACAUAUGGUGGAGGAGCCCUGAAAAAUGACAGCAACAAUGGCAACCAACGACAGCCACCAGGCAGCGAGGCUAGCUAUUCCUUCAGUGGGCCCCUGGUAAAGGAGAUCAAGACAGAGGAUAACUCGUUUGACCAACAAAUGGGCAAGGAAGGGUUCCAAACCAGCUCCACUCCAGCCUCCAUUUCCUUGACACCUGGCUCGGCCUUGCUCUCCUCUGGGGGCCUCAGUCCCAGCACUACUCUGGAACAGAUGGAUUUCAGCGCCAUUGACUCCAGUAAAGACUUUUCCUCUGGUUACACCCAGAAUGUCCAGAGCCCCCAUGUCCACCAGAACCCCUCACCCAGCUUCUUCCUGCAAGAGGCCAAUAAAGCUCAUCACCUGGAGCCCACCACACAUAGCAAUGGUCUGAGUGACAGUGGCGGAACACCUUUCGCCAGCACCUUAGGGCUGGCCAAUGUCAAGACAGAGUCACCCACGCAGACUGCAUCCAGCUGCAAUGGUCCAGUGCAGCAGGGCCGCGUCGAUGCCACCCCUUCCCUACAGCUGCUUCAGUUCCAGGCCAACUUUCAGCCCAUCGCAGCAGAGACAGAGGUUCCCAUGGAGACAACGGCUCCAUCAGAGGGAGGCGAGGGCCUCCUGAAAUCAGCCGAGCUCCCGGCCUGCAGCACUGAGCACUACAUCCAGGCUGAGGGCGGAGGGGGCAAUGGGCUGCCCAUCCUCCAGGGCAACAUGGUGUCGAGCCUGUACCCAGUAGCCCAUCACAGUCUGGGGGCCUCAGCAAACAUGGAGCUCAACCUGGACCACUUUGACAUCUCCUUCAGCAAUCAGUUCUCAGAUCUGAUCAAUGACUUUAUAUCGGUGGAGGGCAGCGCCAACACGCUGUACGGGCAGCAGCUGGUGGCGAGCGAGGCGGGAGCUGGGACCAGCCUGCAGCAGUCAGAGGACGAGAGAGCCAGGGUGGCAACCUUCAGCCAGGCUGAGAUCUGCAUCCCUUGCUGCAGCCCUCAGCCGCAGCAGCAACAACAGCAGCAGCCGCAGCAGCAAGGCCUCCAGCUGAGCAACGGCGAGAGCGGGGGCAGCUCCAUGACCUACAUGCACGUGUCCGAAGUGGUGUCAGCUCAGGGAGCCCUGGGGUCGCUGCAGCAGAGCGGCCGAUUGUUCAUGGUGACGGAUUACUCUCCGGAGUGGUCUUAUCCUGAGGGCGGAGUGAAGGUGCUGAUCACAGGGCCAUGGCAGGAAGCCAGCAAUAAUUACAGUUGCCUGUUUGACCAGAUUUCAGUGCCUGCAUCUCUUAUUCAGCCUGGUGUUCUUAGAUGUUAUUGCCCAGCCCACGACACAGGCCUUGUGACUCUACAGGUUGCCUUCAAUAGUCAAAUCAUCUCAAACUCCGUCGUCUUUGAGUACAAAGCCCGGGCUUUGCCAGCUCUUCCCACAUCCCAGCACGACUGGCUCUCAUUGGAUGACAACCAGUUCAGGAUGUCCAUCUUGGAGCGCCUUGAGCAGAUGGAAAGGCGGAUGUCGGAGAUGGGAUCUCAUCAGCACCACCAGCAGACUGGAGGAGGAGGACUAGGAGGAGGAAAUGGAGGAGGGGGCGGCAACAACCAGUCACAGAGUGCAUCCAGGGCAGCCAGCUGUUCCUUUGAGAGCCGUGUGGUGUUGGUUUGUGAGAAGAUGAUGAGCCGCGCCUGCUGGGUUAAAUCCAAACACCUCAUUCAUUCCAAGACCUUCCGAGGAAUGACCCUCCUGCACCUGGCGGCUGCUCAGGGGUAUGCUACAUUGAUCCAGACCCUCAUCAAAUGGCGCACAAAGCAUGCAGAUAGUAUUGACCUAGAGUUGGAGGUGGAUCCACUGAACGUUGAUCAUUUCUCCUGCACACCACUGAUGUGGGCAUGUGCUUUGGGGCACACUGAAGCAGCUGUGGUACUGUAUAAGUGGGACAAUCGAGCUCUCUCUAUCCCUGACUCUCUGGGUCGCUUGCCUCUGACAAUCGCCCGUUCCAGGGGGCAUGUGAAGCUCGCAGAGUACCUGGAAGAACUUCAGAGGGAAGAUGAAUCACAGCUCCCUGGCCUUCCCCAGACUCCUGGGAUGGUUUGCUCCCCCACUGAAAAAUCAGGGGGUGACGGCUGGAUCAGACAAUGGAGCAAUAGCAGUAACAGCAGUCAGGAGGCUCAGAAGAGUGUCAGCACAUCAUCUGCCACAGAUCUCAGGCGGCCGAGGUCAGAAUCCCUCCAGUACCGCGGGAAUGACAACCAGCGAGACCUUCCAGCUUCCAAGAAGCACAAGCUAAACACAGAGCACUUCCACACCAGGCAAGACAAAUCAUCACCCCCUCCGCUAAAUCUGGAGCAGAAGAUCCCCAUCAAGCUGAACUCCAGCCCAAAACAAUCAAGCCCAGAUGCAAUCGAUUCUGAAAUAGAGAGGAAAAGUCCCAGGGAAACCUCCCACCAUACCUCAGAAUUCUCUUUGCCACUAGCCACCGGAUGCAGGAAUGUUGGAAACCAGACGAGUCCAAAAUGGAGCCAGAAGGAGAUUUACGUCAGUGUAGCAGCACAGACUGCAACAGGGCAGCCAGCAGUGAUAAGGAAGGUAUCAGGUCUCAGUGCCAGUUCCAUUGCUCACAGGAUACAACAGAAGCAAGACAUCAGUGUUUUAAUGUUGUCGGAGAGAGAGAUGGUGGAUGCAGAACUAUUAUCAUACAAGGAGAAUGAGGAGUGCCUCCAACAUAUGGAUGAUUUGCAGGCUAAUAUGAUAUCCUUGGCUGAACAGAUCAUUGAAGCUACGCCAGAAAGGAUCAAGCAGGAAAACUUCAUCCCUAUGGAAUUCUCAUUGUCCGAGCGAGGGGAUGUACCGAGCGUGAACACCACCUUAAGCUGGUUGGCCAGCUACCUGGCAGAUGUGGACCAUUUACCCACCUUAUCUCAGCUUCGAUCUUUGUACAGUGAGCCCCUGACUCCUCCCUCUAAUGCAAGCCAAAGCCCUGCCUCAUCACCGAUCAGCGAAGUUAAUUUUGAGAAGCCCACUCUCCCAUCGGCAGCGGAUUGGUCUGAGUUCCUGAGUGCAUCUACCAGUGAGAAAAUGGAGAAUGAGUUUGCCCAGCUGACCUUGUCAGAUCAUGAGCAGAGAGAGCUGUAUGAAGCUGCCAAGUUGGUGCAGACUGCUUUCCGGAAGUACAAGGGACGUCCUUUUAGGGAACAGCAAGAAUUGGCUGCUGCUGUUAUUCAGCGCUGCUACAGAAAAUACAAACAGCUUACAUGGAUAGCCUUGAAGUAUGCACUUUACAAAAAGAUGACGCUGGCCGCCAUCCUGAUCCAGAGCAAGUUCCGCAGCUAUUAUGAGCAGAAGAAGUUUCAGCAGAGUCGGCGUGCAGCUGUCCUUAUCCAGCAGUAUUACCGUAGCUACAAGGAAUACGGGAAAAUGAGGCAGAAGCGACGGACAGGUGCCAUGGUCCAACAGAAAAUCAGAAGCAGUCUGCUGACCAAGAAACAGGAUCAAGCUGCACGGAAAAUUAUGCGAUUUUUGCGCCGUUGUCGUCACAGCCCCCUGGUGGACCGUAGACUGUACAAGAGGCGCACUGGGAGGAAAGAAAACCACAUUUGCUGGAGUCUUAGAGCUGAACCCUUACAUACGCGGAGGGAGAGUGAAAGAAUUGAGAAAGGCCAAGGAACCUGAAGAUUUACAGAAGGACCCCAUAGCAAUGUAACAUUGCUUCCUGACUGUUUUCUUUAUGUUUAUAUCAGAGACAUUUACAAAAGAUCACUAGAGAUUUGGGAAGAUUAGUAACACUCUCAUCGCAACAAGGCUCUAGAAACUUUUUUUCUCUCGACCACAUCGGCACUUUUAUGGAACUUUUUUUAAAGAAAUCGAAACAAGGCACCAUAGAACUUGCAAUUUAUUGUUUUAAGAACUUGAAAACUAACUUGUAGAAUGAAAUAACCUCUUUACCAGCCUGGUGCGUAGUACUGUAAACUUGUGUGAAGGUUUGCAACACAAAAAAGGGGGCUUUUUUGUCAGGAUUAAGUAAAUGUAGAGAUAUCGAAGUGUGAAGAAGAGCAGGUCAGUGCACUGAAGGGAGUGUUAAACCGAAAGGAAAGGUGUUGCGCAGCUUAUGUGGACCCUGAACCAGGGAGACACAGGUUUUGCAUGUUGUUCUCUUGGGUGUGUUUAUGGCUGCACUGUGGUGAUAGAGAUUGGUCCAAUACUAGGCUUGGGACUUUCUCUCUUCUAACUUCUUCCCUGUUUUCAUCAAAUCCUUCUGUUGGUAUAUACUGGGAAAGAAAUUACUCUAAUGGUAGGAGAGAGGAGUAAGAAGUGGAAAAGAACCCUGCCUCCAGAUGCUUGAUGCAGGAAAUGUGCAAUUUGCCAAAUUAUGGAGGUGGCCAGUGGCUGCAUAUUAAUUCUUCAUUCAGUUAAUUGGGUCAAAGUGCCUAAAAGUCUGGUAUAUUUCCCUUAUAUGUUCUCUCCUUUUCUGACUAGAACCCUCUGGACCAGAAGUACUGCGGUCUUAAAAAACUCUUGAAGGACCAGUGAUAGCUUCUUGGGGCCAAACAUAGAGAGCAGCUUGAGCUAUGAUUUGUUUUCUAUACAUUAGUCCAACAUUGUAGAUAUUUGGUGUGUUUGUGCGUAUGUGUGCCUAAACCAAUCAAUGUUUUGGUCAUCCUUCAACCCACACCUGGUUGUAAACUGUGAAGGAAAUCAGAGGCUUAACAGCUUCUGAAGUCCCGGAGCCUUGCUAUUUUGGAGCUAGUCAUUACUGUAAGAUCAGGUAGUAAACUGGACUAAAUCAAGGUGCUUUAAUAUGUCCCAGACAGCUGAAAGUUAUUUAGUAAAUCUGCUGUUAAUUUUACACCAGAGUCAGCCUAAUGGGUUAUGCAGUGCAAUGAAAGGUGAUUUAUUAACAACAAAAGCCCAAUUCUAAAGUUUAGGUACUCUCCUCACUGAUAUGGAGGGGCAAAGAUGAACAGUCAAGACUAUGCAGUGAUAAUUGUCACUGCUCAAAAGAGUUCCUGUCAGAGUACUAUCUGCGCAUCCUCUGGCAUCAGAUCCAUAGUUCAUAUGUGAGCCCAAAGAGUGGAAUUUGGCAGGCUGCUUGCCUACAAGGGAUGUCACAGGUUAGACCCACUGUUACCCUAUGCAACAUUUUUCAACUGGGCUCAGUAGAUCAUGGUGAGAGCAGAAAAGCCAGCUGGUUUUUCCCUUGAUCCCAUGCAGACAAGGAAGGAUCAUCACAUUACAGAGUCCAUGUAGACUUCAGUUUGAUGUUGUUUCGAAAUCUGCAGCAUGCAUGAAUGCAGCAGAUCCCAGAGCAGGACCAGGGAGUUCCUCAGAGAGACACUGUGUUAUAUGUUCAGAGAGCACUUUAUCCUCUUGCCUCCAGACUCCUUGGAGACUAAGUCACUCCCAAUUUAAGUAAUUAUGUGCAAUGUACAAUGUGGAUAUAUCACAUCUUCAUUUCAAUCAAUGCUUUAUGCAUUGGUGGAGCUUGGUGGAGUAACCUACACUACACAAGCAGCAUGCAGCAUAUAAAUCCAGCCAAGUAUUCAUAACCCCCUCAGGUGCUACAUUGAUAUGUGUGAGUGAUUUAAAUAAGUUUUAAAAAAUAAUGAAGUAAUGCAGUGGCUCCAUGUAUAAAUUAUUAUUGUAGAGUUUUUUUAAUGUACUAUCAAAUCUUAGGGAGUUGCUGGAACAGAGAUUUUAAGAUGCUUUUUGAGUCACCUCAAGAUAGAUACCGAAAACUGACACGAGAGACCCUGGCUUGACUGCAAAUGCACCCUUCCACCUUUCUAUUGCCAUUUAUUUCCCCUCUUCUCUUCUCUUCUCCUUGUCUCUUGAAGGGCGUUACUGGUUACAGUUCAAGCCCCAGGUGCUGUCUACAGUAUGUACUGGCCAAUAUUCAGCUCUCAACUAACAAAAUCUUUAUUAAAUUGGCUGCUGUGUUUCUUACAUUAUGACACUGAUUAAACACUAAUUCAUUGGCUGUAAAGCAUCUUGAGACAUGCUGAGGUUGCUUCAUCCAAGCACUUACUUCUUUUGGACAAGGGACAAGGAGUUAUCUCUGCCCAAGCCAGCAUCUUGAUGGUGUCGACCUGAGGAGCCCUGACCUUUCUGGCUCCAAGAAAAGAGACUGAUAGCAUCAGUUCCUGUUUCUCCAUGCUGGUCAAUUAUCAAUGUUAUGUUGAAAAUCAGCCAUGAGAGACAUAUCCUUUCACCAACUGCCAGCAAUUGGCCUGGUCUUCCCAAGGCAAAGGUCAGUGAGAGAGAGGAUUCGAUUUUCCCAAGUGUGAGUGGCUAGUGCGAAGAGAUUUAAGCUGUCCCUACUUUCCAAAGUCAAACAAAGCCCUCCAAGGCUAACAGUGUUGAAGGUGGCACAGACUUAUUUUCCAGAUUGCAUGCCAAUUGGGGAAGUUGAAGAAAGGCAAUGUCUUCUAUUGGACCAUCUAUUUUGCUGUUGUAAAGGGACAGGAAACUUGGAUUAGGUUUGUACUGAGAUACAGGCAGAAACCCAAUCAACCCUCCACAAGCUCAUUACAGAUAAAGAGCCCUUUGCUAUGGUCAAGUAAAAAAAAAUGGAUGAGCACUCAAUGGACAUGAUCUGCAUUGAGAAAGCCAUGUACCUUUAUCCCUUUUAGCUUUGUUUUAAAUUACUGUCAGGAUGGCUUCCAGAACUGCCUGCGCUAUCUAAAACAAAAUUAUAUUUGGGAAGUAUAAAACACAUCAGUAGGCAGCAAAAUUCUUUUGCCUGGCCACAGGCAUGCUACCUGUUGAUAACUCAGCAAACAGUAUUGCUGACAGUUUAAUGCAUGAAGUUUUUAAUGCAAGACCCUUCACCACAUAAAAAGUCUUUCAAACUAAUGAACAAAUAAAAUUGAACAAAGUGCAAAUUGCUUUCUCCUUCCACUUGAUUCUCUCUCUCUCCCUCCUCCCACCCUUCAAUGAUACAUUAAACCUUAUGAGGCACCAUUGAAAAAGCCCUUGGAGUGCUUAUUAUGUUGCUUCACAGGUUGGAAGUUAUUUUAAAACAUUUUUGUAGAAAAAUGUGCUCUCAAUAUCUCACCAUUGAGUUUUCGAUGAAUGAAAAGUCAGCUCAUGACAGAAUGAUACGUGUUGUUUGACAUUAUUUGAAUUUGAGAGGGCAUAUGGAGCCCAGGUAUAUUGAGUACAACAGGUGAGGUUAUUACACCACAUGUAUUUGAGAUUGAAAUGCACUCGAGUUAUUUUUCUACCUGACCACGUGAAAAUGGAGGGGGUUGGGUUUGCUGGGAUGGUGAGCAGUUUGGGGCAGGAAGGUCCACAUAAGCUGGAUAUUAACCUUUUCCAAAAACUCCCGAAACCUUUCUUCCUCAACAGUCACUGUCACCUAGCUAGUGUCCUGUCACGUCCAGCACUUUAUUUUGCCUUACUUUUUAACUUUUUUUUUAGUCUGAACUUUUUUUUAAAAUAUAUAUAUAUAAAAUAUAUAAAUAAUUUAUUUAAAGCUUUGAUUAUUUAAUUUAUUUUCCUUUGUUCUUUCUUUAUUUCAAAAAGCAUUUAAGCUUUUUUAGCCUUUCAAAAAUAGGACAAUUUUUUUUUUGUGGGGUCACAUUCAUUGCCUUGACAUCAUACAAGACAGUAAGGUCUAGUAUGAUGUAUUCUGCUGGCCAGUAAUGUCCAUAUUCUUGGCUACUGUCAGUAACCUGGGUGGACUCUGUAUAUAUAGAAGAACAUGAUAGGUAAAUGAAUGCAAACAAUGAAUAAAACGUGGGAUGCCAACAAUGAAUUAUUUUACUGUGAGUGGUUAUGAGAUUGGUGAUGGCAGAAUGGGAAUUUGUAUAGUUUUAUUUGAAUGAGCUAGCAAUGUGGAUAUACUGUUUGUAAAUAAUGUAUAUAUACUUAAAAUGAUGGAAAAAAACAAUGGAGAUAUGUGCAUGACUGUAAUGAAAAAAAAACAAAAGGAAGUAUUAGAAGCAAACGACCUGUAAAAUGAAAAAAAAUUCACUGUAAGAAUUCCUUAUUUUAAAUGUUCUUUAGAAGGACAUUUUUGCUAAAGCAUGAUUACUUGCAAAAAAAAACUACUGUACUUAGAAUUAGAAAACAAACAGCAAAAUGAUAUAACUGAAAAGUUUAUGUUUACAUAUUUCUUUUCUGUUUGGCUACCAAGACUUAUCUCCUUUGCCAAUGGGUGCCAAGUAAUGUGAAUGCUGUAUUGCUAAAUGAAAAGACACAACAUUAAGUUAUAAUCUUUGCUGAGCAGGUUACUGUAAGGAUAUAAUAUAUAUAUAUAUAGCAUUAUACCAUAAAUCACUCUUUGAAAAGAAAGAUUAACAGGCAUUUUUAUGUUAAAUACUGUGCGAUAAAUACAGUGGGAAAUGAUACACGCAUACACAUACAAAUACAGACAUACAAACACACACACAUGCACACACACUCACACACAUGUGCACACACAUACACACGUGCACACACUCACACACACUCGCGCACACACACCCAUACACACAAGCACGCACACACACACACACACACACACACACACACCACACACACACACAAAACAUAAUAAAUUUUGAAAACAAACUUGACAGUAUUGGAGAGAAUGUCCACUUCAUCUGUUCAUCUGAGAUUAGAAAAACAGGUCACAACAUUGCACAAAAAAAAAUUAAAAAAAGAAAAUUCUAGAAAAUGCAAAGCUUUGUUGCACACUGCAACAGCCCAGCGACGUAAGCUACGACAGACACUCCUGGGGUUGCUCACAAUUGCAUGUGAUACUAGUGUAGAUUCUCCUUUUUUUGUCUCUAUUUUCUUGUCCCCUCUCUUCUCUUUCUCCCUCUUCACUCUUUUGUUUUUAACCUUUUUUGAUUUUUACCUUUUGGUUCAAUUUUUCCUAUUUUUGUAUGUCUGCAUGUGAGAGUGUCACUGGGUCGUUUAGGAUCUUUACAAGGGAUAGCCCAGCUGCCAGAGUCAUGCAAACAUUUAAAAUUCCCCUUCAAAAUUAUGUAAGAUGUUUUUGAAUGCUUUAUAAUCCUUUCUGCUGUAAAUUAAAAAAAAA